AUGGGCGCGUGCGUGUCAGCCGGAGACCGUGACGGCAGGGCCCGCAAUGCCAUCAUCGAUAAGCAGAUAGAGGAAGAUUCCCGCCGACUACGAGGAGAAUGCAAGAUACUUCUCCUGGGCUCAGGAGAAUCUGGAAAGAGUACUAUAGUUAAACAGAUGAAAAUCAUUCAUCAGAAAGGAUUCACCAAGGAUGAACUUAUGCUUUACCGACCUGUGGUCAAUAAAAACGUCGUUGAGUCUGCUCAAGAUGUUGCGAACGCUAUGAUCAAAUUCUCGCUUCAGCCGGAAGUGGGGGUAAAUCGAGACUACAUGAUGCAAAUCAAGGACUUUCAAUACGAUCCGGACCCUUCAUUUACACUCCCCAUUUCACUGGCAGAAGCAAUUGAGUCCUUCUGGAAAGACCCAGUCAUUUUGAGGCUCAUGGAACGCUCAAACGAAUUCUACUUGAUGGAUUCCGCGGAUUACUUCUUCUCAAACGUCCGGAGAAUAUGCGACAGGAAUUACGUUCCUACAGAAGUCGACGUUUUACGUGCUCGAGCCAAAACGACUGGUAUCACUGAAACCCGCUUUACAAUGGGCCAGUUGUCUAUACACAUGUUCGACGUGGGCGGCCAGAGAUCUGAGCGAAGAAAAUGGAUUCAUUGCUUUGAAGCUGUCACGUCGAUCAUUUUCUGCGUCGCCAUCAGUGAGUAUGAUCAAGUAUUGUUAGAAGAGAAGGCUCAGAAUCGUAUGCUGGAAUCCCUCGUGUUAUUCGAAUCCGUCGUGAACUCUCGCUGGUUUUUGAGCACAUCGAUCAUUCUCUUCCUUAAUAAGAUUGAUGUGUUUCAGUCAAAACUGGCUCGCUCACCUCUAGAAAAGUAUUUCCCGGAGUUCAAGGGCGGUUCCGACGUCCAGAAAGCCACAAAGUUCAUCUUAUGGAAGUUUGUCGGGAUGAACAGAGCCAAACUCGCCUUAUACCCCCACUUAACACAAGCAACGGAUACCGAUAAUAUUCGAGUCGUCUUCGCUGCGGUCAAGGAGACCAUCCUCCAGAAUGCCUUACGUGACUCUGGGAUAUUGUAA